GGUUCUUUUAAAACAUGGAAAAACUUUGAAAAAGAAGAAAUUUGAGGAAGGGGCGCCAGUGAAGCAGAAAGUAGUGAAAGUGGAGGUAGAGCUGCUUAUACCUGAUGACGAAGUAGGGUUGAGUGGCAUACUGUCAUCCUUGAAAAUCGCCCCAUUCUUCCAUGGAUGCUACUACAAUGGAGACGAGCACUUCAUCCCCUUCUUUCAAUUUCACGGUUCUAGAAUCUCUGGUUGGCAAUUCUGCCGAAGAAAUUGAGAAGAGCUGGAGUGGGUUUUGCUCCGUUUCGGAAGCUCUACUUCAUUGCAGUGAUGAUAUAUCUCUCAGCUCCGAGCUCAUUUCAAAUGUCCACUGUCUCUGCAAGUACGGCCUCGAGUCUCUGAUUAAAGAUCACUUCCUGCAUUCAGUUCAGAAAGUAUUUGAAGAAAAAGGUGCAUCAAGAUUUUGGAGGCAUUUUGAUCCUUAUACAAAUGUUGCUGCACUUAAAAGGAACAAUGAUCCGAUGCUUGAGGAUCAGAUUCAGAAGCUAUUAUGUAAAGCUCUGGAAGAGAUAUCAUCUGAAAAGCAAUGCCAUGAGAAGUGCCUAUUAUUAUUGAUUCAUUCUUUACAAUCAUAUAAAGUGGACAAGUCAAAAGGGUGUCCCGGUUUGGAUGACAUAAGAGACUACUUGUUAUCAAAAUACCAGCUAAUGGUUUCUUCAGUGAUCAUGGCCAGUGUGCCUAGGCACUUUCCUGAACUGUUACACUGGUACUUCAAGGGAAGGCUAGAGGAAUUGAACACAAUUACGUCAGGUUAUUGUGAACCUGAACCUGAAUUAGAUUCUGAUGAUGAAAUGGUUCCUGUUGAGAAUUGCAAGCAACCAAAAAGAGACUGCGUUAUGGAUAUUGAUAUGAGCCAUCAGCAAACAAUGUUUUCAGUGAACAAUAUUAUAGUGAAGAGCAUUGGGAUGGUCGUCCGCAAUCUGAGAAGUCUUGGAUGUACAUCUCUGGCCGAAGAUGCCUAUGCUUCUGCCAUAUUUUUGCUUCUACAGGACAAAGUACACAAUUUGGCUGGCGAUGAUUACAGAAGCUCAGUUUUGGAAUCUAUCAAACUGUGGAUACAGGCAGUGCCCCUCCAGUUUUUGCAUGCACUUCUUGCUUAUCUUGGUGAUGCCACCAGAACAGAAAGUCCAUCCUCCGGUCGUAGAUCACCUCUUGCAUCUCAUCCCCCUUCAUGUUAUUUUGGAAAUGAAAUUCCAUCUGAGGGACUUGUUAGAUGGCAACUCCGGUUGGAGUAUUUUGCUUAUGAGACCUUACAAGAUCUAAGAAUAGCCAAACUUUUUGAAAUCAUCGUGGAUUAUCCAGACAGGUGAAGAUCUGUUCCUUUUUAUUGCCUUUUUACCCUUUUAUUUCUUUCCCUUUGACAUCUAUAUAGAUGUGCUUUCUUUAGCCAAUCUGGUAGCAUUGGGUUUUGGAUUGUGAUUGAUGUUGAGUCUUGUGAUAAUGCAAUUGUAUCUUCUUUGUAACUAAUGGAUUCUAUCAUUUCACCCAAGGUUGUUAAAAUCGCGAUUUGGAUCGUAAAAUCGUACGAUUUUACGAUUCAAUAUCACUAAACCAAUUUGAAUCGCCCAAAAAAUCGGAAAUUUUAAAAAUCGUAUAAAAUCAUUUCGGAAUCGCAAAAAAAUCUUUAAAAUCACGAUUCUUUAAGAUUUUACGACUUUAGGAAUACAAGGUUUAGCCAAGCUAAACUCGGCCCAGUGUACUCAGGCCUGAAACCAACGAAGGAGAUAAGAUGCAAAAGGUGCCAGCCUUAUAUAAUGCAAAGGAGAGAGAAGUUUUGUUUGUGUUUCCAGUGUGGAAAAUUUUUGUUAGUGAAGUGUGUUACGCACCAACCAGUGCAGCACUAUGCAGCAAAAGGAGAAGAGAAUAUACAUUGUGUUUCCCGGUGUGGGCAAGUGAUAUUUGAUAGAACAAAGACUAAUUUUUAAAGAAGUAAAACUUUAUGUCAGAUCUGGGAAUUUAACUUUACCAAUGCCUACCAACAGUUACUUUGAGAUUUAGUAGAAAUAUUAACAUAUUUAUAGAUUGAACUUAGAAAACAUGUAGUUGUACUAUUUCAACUAAUGUUUAUAUACCUUUUCCAUUUAUAUAUUUAUUGUUAAAUUUGAUUAUAACAUUGUAUUUAAAUAUUGUCUUUUAUUCUUUGAUUACAUUACAUUAUUUUGUGCACUUUAAUUAGACAUCAUUAUAAGACUUAAAAUAUAUAUAUAAUGGUUUGAUUUAUAGACUUAAAUUUGAAUUAAUUUGACUUAUUAAUGUUUUGAUUGCAUUUUUUCUUUUAUAAAAUAUUUUUAGUAUUUUUUGUUAAAUGUUUAUAAAAUCUUAAGAUUUACGAUUCGAUUUUUAAAUCCUUGUUCUGAUUCGAUUUAAAAAUACGAUUUUAACAACCUUGAUUUCACCCGUUUCUUAACUGGCAUUAUAAGUAACUGUUCAAAGCAUCCUCCAUUAUUCCCUUUCAUGAGACCUUACGGCCCUGUUUGGUUGGAGGCUUUCGGAGGGGAGGGGAGGGAAGUGAGGGAUUUGUGUGUGUUUGGUUGAAGGAAAUAGGGGGGAAGGGGAGGAAAGUGGAAGGCUUCCAAAAUCCUCCACUUUCUCCCAUUCUAAACCCUCCAAAUCGGGGUAUUUCGGAGGAAACAUGUUGAUAACCACAAACUAUAUCCAUCUCCUACGUGAAUAAACAAAACGUUAUAAUAUAAAAAAGGUAAAAAAUAAAAAGUUUUGAAAAAUUCAAAAAUUUAAAAUUUUAAAAAUUGAAAAAAAAUUAAAAAAAAAAAUUAAAAAAUUAUAAAAAAUUAAAUUUUAAAAUUAAAAAUUAAAAAACUAACAUAACUAAAAAUUAAAAAAUUAAAAGUUAAAAAAAUAAAAAAUUAAAAACUCCGGUUGGAGUAUUUUGCUUAUGAGACCUUACAAGAUCUAAGAAUAGCCAAACUUUUUGAAAUCAUCGUGGAUUAUCCAGACAGUGCACUUGCCAUCGAAGACUUAAAACAAUGUCUAGAAUAUACUGGGCAACACUCAAAGUUGGUUGAUUCCUUUAUCACAUCAUUGAAAUAUCGAUUACUAACAGCUGGUGCCUCAACUAAUGACAUAUUGCACCAAUACGUCUCAACAAUUAAAGCACUUCGAACCAUCGAUCCAGCAGGUGUGUUUCUAGAAGCUGUAGGCGAGCCUAUACGGGAAUACCUGAGGGGUAGAAAAGACACAAUAAAGUGCAUUGUGACAAUGCUGACUGAUGGGAGUGGUGGAAAUCCCAAUGGAGCAGGAAGCUCAGGGGAUAGCCUUCUUGAAGAAUUAAACCGAGAUGAAGAAAAUCAAGAGAACACUAAUGUUGAUGAAGAUUUUAAUACUGAUGACAGACAAGCGUGGUUGAAUGCUCAAAGGUGGGAGCCUGACCCUCUAGAGGCUGACCCAAUGAAGGGAAGCAGGAAUCGAAGAAAAGUUGACAUACUUGGAAUGAUUGUCAACAUUAUAGGUUCAAAGGAUCAAUUGGUUAAUGAAUAUCGUGUGAUGCUUGCAGAAAAGUUGUUGAACAAAUCUGAUUAUGACAUUGACUCAGAAAUACGCACUUUGGAACUUCUAAAGAUUCAUUUUGGAGAGAGCAGCAUGCAGAAGUGUGAAAUUAUGCUCAAUGAUCUAAUUGAUUCAAAAAGGACAAAUACAAAUGUAAAAGCGAAAAUCAAGAGUCAAUCUCAGCCAGUUUCGGAAGAGCAGCAUGAGAUGCCCCUGGACACACUUAAUGCUACAAUCAUAUCUUCAAAUUUCUGGCCAUCUAUUCAGGACGAACCGCUUAUCUUACCUGGGCCAGUGGAAAAUCUCUUGAGUGAUUAUGCAAAAAAAUAUACUGAAAUUAAGACCCCAAGGAAACUGCUAUGGAAGAAAAGUCUUGGAACUGUGAAGCUGGAAUUGGAGUUUGAAGACAGAGCACUGCAGUUCAUGUGCACCCCUCUUCAUGCUUCCAUUAUAGUGCAAUUUCAAGAGCAAAAGAGGUGGACAUCUAAAGAUCUUGCAGCUGCUCUAGGAAUACCUAUGGAUGUUCUAUCUAGGAAGAUAAACUUUUGGAUAAGCAAGGGAGUGCUUGCAGAAUCACCUAGACCAGAUUCGAGUGACCACAUCUUUACUCUGGUUGAGGCAUUGGCUGAUACAGGUAAAACUGGGAGAAGCAGUGGAAGUUGUGAUGAAUUUUUGGCCUGUGAAGAAGAUGGAGAGAGUACAGUAGCCUCCGUUGAGGAUCAGUUGCGGAAAGAAAUGACUGUCUAUGAGAAAUUUAUCACGGGAAUGCUCACCAAUUUUGGCAGCAUGGCAUUGGACCGCAUUCAUAAUACCCUAAAGAUGUUUUGCAUUGCUGAUCCAACAUAUGACAAAUCCCUCCAACAGCUCCAAAGCUUCUUAUCUGGUCUAGUGGCAGAAGAGAAGUUAGAACUUCGGGAUGGAAUGUACCUUCUCAAAAAGUGAAGGGUGAUUCCUCCAAGUAAAUCACAACCAAAAGGAUCAUAACAUUGCUUUAUAAAGGUGAUACCCUAAACUACCGAAUGCGGAUCCUCUGUAUUAGGGGUGUUCGUCGGUUCGGUUUUGGCGGUUUCGGUUUUAUCGGUUCGGUUUUAGUCGGUUUCGGUUUUUAGUCGGUCGGUUUUGAUCGGUUUCGGUUUUAGUCGGGCGGUUUUAGCGGCUUUAAAAAUAGAUGAAACCGAGAAUCGGACCACAAAAAUUGAGACAAUUUUGGUCAAUUUUAGCCAUUUUUGCCGGUUUAUUUUCAUUUGACCGGUUUUUAAGCCAAAAGUACGAACCCUAAGCCGAAUAACCGAUGAAUUAGUCAAUUUCGGUCGGUUUCGGUUUUAUCGGUUCGGUUUUGGUCGGUUUCGGUUUUGGUCGGUCGGUUUCGGUCGGUUUGGCGGUCGGUUUCGGUUUUUCGGUUUUUUUGUUCACCCCUACUCUGUAUGGCCUUAAAGUUGGCUAUUUUGCUGUAGAAAGAUUGUUUCAUCAAUCAAAGUUUUAUUGGUCACGUAAUGUGAUGCUCGUUGGGCAUGACCAUGACUCUAGCUUUAAAGCCAUGAAGAGGAUCAACAUUCCUUGCUGUAACUCUACAAGGGCCUCACUUUUUUGAAGGCAACUUGCAUUCUUUUCUCUUAAAAAUGCUCAAUAUUUAAUAUACAUUGUUUAGGCUGAGCACAUUCUUGUUUUGACCAGAAAAUGGAUUGAAGAUUCAUAUUCGGAAUGUUCUU